AUGAAUCUCUGUCAACGCCUUCUUCUUCGAUUACUCAUCGCAAUUUCCGUCAUCUCGAUCGCCGUCCAAUCUCUCGAAUGUAUCCAAUGUGCUCCAAACAGCGCCUGGUAUUCGGAACAAGAAGAAGAGAGGAGAAUCGAAGCGUGUCGCCAAGGGUUAGUUGCCCCAACAGAAUGUUCCAACGCUUCUCACACUCACUGCAUUGUCAACUGGUAUCGAACAGGCGGAAGUUCCGAGAAAAUGGUGAUGAAAAGACAUUGUGGUGUUGAAUCUGAUGUGACGGGAUGCACUCUCUACAAUUCGAAAAUCAGUAGAAAAGUCCGCAGACAUUUGCUCAGCCGUGAUGACUCACACGAUCGCAGAGAAUCCGCUUCUUCAUUCGUUGAGGUCUGUUCUACAUCAUGCCCAACUGGAGACUGCGUCAACUCUUCCAACCUCCGUGGAGCCCUCCUCCCAAUCGUCUUCUCACUCAUUUACAUUAUCUACAGUAACCUCAAUUAA